CGAUUUAGGUCUGCGUCCUGCUGUUAACAGUCUAUAGGGCGAACGAGGGCAAAGCAAAAGGGACUCGGACAAGAUGUUAAAGCUCUUCUCUGUCAAGGACAAGCAAAAGCAGCAGCAAGAAGCAAAUGCUGGAGCAGGGAAGCCGGGGAAGCUUUCAGCAGGAGAGCUUCGGAUCCAAAAAGACAUGGCCGAGUUGAAUCUCCCGCCCAACAUCACCAUUAGUUUUCCAGAUGGAAAGGACAAACUUAUGCAUUUCUUUAUUGCUAUCCGCCCGGACGAGGGGAUAUACAGGGGAGGCAAAUUCAACUUCGAGUUCAAUAUCCCAACGGGGUACCCCCACGAUGCGCCAAAGGUGCUGUGCACGACGAAGGUUUACCACCCCAACAUUGACCUCGAAGGCAAGAUUUGCCUUAACAUUCUGCGCGAGGACUGGAAGCCCGUGCUGUCCAUUAGCAGCGUUAUCUACGGGCUGCAGUUCCUUUUCUUGGAUCCCAACCCGGAUGACCCUCUCAACAAGGAAGCGGCUCAGAUGUUCGUUGAUAACCCACGCCAGUUUGAGCAGUACGUUCAGCGGGCAAUCCACUACGGCACCUACAUCAACAAUGUGCACUUCCCGUCCUGCACGGCGUAGUCCUGCCUAGCCAACGCAUGUGGGUCAGGCCAGGCUGAUAUGCCGGCCGGCCGAGGAUGGGGAAUGAGUACUCGCUUCUGGAGGGGACGCUUCGCUGCCGCGUUGAGAACUGGCGUAACUCGCACCUAGUUUGCUGUCAAAGCCCUUGCGGGGCAGGCAUCUCCGCGAGUGUCGUUUUCGCCCCCGCCAAACGGAGACAAAGCAUCUACCAGCGCCAACGCAAUUUUGCCUCGUUUAAAAUAUUGGACAUACACGGCGCCCAGAAGUCGGGAAUACGGAUUUAUCUCUGCAGUUGGGGAUUAGUGGUGCACGGGACGCUGGCAUGCUGCUGCGGGGAAGUACGCGGACCUGCCAUGGGUUUGCCACACCCAACGGUGCGCUUUUUCUGCGGCAGCGGAAUCGCCUGGUCAGGGGAGAUAUUUAGCUUUUGGCUUGGAGGCAGUGCAUGCAGUAUCUGCAGCCGUGCCACACGGCGAUUCGGGUGCCGUGCCCCUCAGGCUGGCCCUGACUUGAGGGUGCCUGACGGGACGGCGACGAUGUGGAUGAGGAGGACGGCGGUGUAGUGGCAGUUCGAUGGCUGGCUUUUGUCUGCAGCCCCUGGCACACGUGUGAUGACUGCACAGACAUCAGGCCAGCACCACCCACGUGGGUUACACAGGAUAUGUAUGGCCUGUGUGGAUUCUAGACCAUGGACGACGGUGAAUGUGCAGGAUGUACCACAGUCCUGUUUUUUCCGUUUGUAGGUAUUCAGGCGGGCACAUGUGGGUGCGCGCUUGUGUCGGGUUAGGGGAUUCAGGCGGAUAAAGCGGAGUUGGGAGUGGGCGUGUGUUUGCGUCGGGUUGUGAGGAUACAGGGGUAUAAACGGGGUAGGAGGGUAGGCUCAGGUGACUGCAGGAUGUGCCGCGAACCAUAAAUGGGCUUUAGGAUAGUCUGUUGGUGCACAACGAAGAUAAUCGGGUAGAGUGCCCCCCGGUUGAGACAGCCCUGUGGAUGGUGUGUACCUAUUACCUAUCGACAAGACAGUAGUAAUUUAGGCCGCUAGACAUGUUUUGUGGGUACGUGCAGCAGAGCUGUGGGUAAAUGUCUACAUCAG